AUGCCAGCAUUCACCGUCAGAGAACAAUUGGUGGAUUUCCCCAUUGCCCAAAUGGCCAUCAUUAGUAUCAUUAGAAUCGCCGAACCCAUCGCUUUCACUUCGAUGUUUCCUUAUAUUUAUUUCAUGAUUAAACAUUUCGGAAUAACUGACAAUGAGGCCGAUAUUUCAAAAUAUAGUGGAUAUUUAGCUUCUGCAUUUUCAUUCAGUCAAUUUUUAAGUUCAGUACCUUGGGGGAAAGCGAGUGAUAGAUUUGGUCGUAAAAGAGUUCUUUUAGUAGGUUUAAGUGGUACAGCUAUUUCCAUGGUUUGUUUUGGUUUUAGUACCAAUUUUUAUUCCGCAUUAGCAGCAAGAAUGUUAAUGGGAUUACUUAAUGGAAAUGUUAGUGUGAUUAGAACUACUAUUGGUGAAAUCGCCGUAGAACCAAGACAUCAAGCUUUAGCAUUUAGUUCAUUGACUUUAUUAUGGAGUGCAGGAUCUAUUAUGGGUAAUUGGUUAGGGGGAGUUUUAACUGAUACUAAACAUUUACCUGAAGUUUUAAAUGAUGAUUAUAGUUCAAAGUUUCGUCGUGCAACUACAAGCGCCACUGGUACUAAAGAUCAAUCAGAAAUGCUUUUAUUUGAAAAAUAUCCCUUUGUACUUUCCAAUAUAGUGGUGGCUUCAAUUUUAUGUUGUAGUAUAGUCAUUGGUUGGUUAUUUUUUGAAGAGACUCAUGAACAUAAAAGAUUUCAAAGAGAUAUUGGAUUAGAAAUGGGUGAUUUCAUAAGACAUAAAUUAGGUUAUCAAACUCCUAUUCGUCCAUGGCAAAAAUAUCAUCGUAUGUCAGAUACAAGAGUUAUGGAUGAUUUAUUUUAUGAAGAUAGUAGUGUGGAAGAUACCAAUAGUAGUGAAACAGAUACUAAAAAAGAUCAAACUACAGAAGAUAUUGAAUUGCAAUUAUAUGCUAGUGCAGAUCCUGAUUCAGAAAUGGCCGCUAAUACAUCUCAACGUAUAUCUGAUGAAAUUAAACAUGAAGCUUUCACACCAGCGGUGGUUAAUUCAAUUUUUUCAAAUUUCAUAUUAUCAUUUCAUAAUUUAGUUUAUGGAGAAUUUUUACCGGUAUUCUUAGCUGGGAAAGUUCAAAUUGAUUCAUUAAAAUUCCCAUUUAGAAUUAGAGGUGGAUUUGGUUUUACUUCAGAUGCUAUUGGGAUUUUAUUAUCAUUAACUGGAGUAGUUGGUAUACUUGUGGUUAUAUUUAUUUUCCCAAUUAUCAAUACUUAUUUCAGUACCAUUAAUGGUUAUAGAGUUGGAUUAUCAGUUUUCCCAAUUAUUUAUUUAAUCUUACCAUUAUUAAUCUUUACCUUACCUGAAUAUUCCAUGUUAUUCCAUUCUAAAUCAUUUACAGGAUUAGUACUAUAUAUUAUGACAGGAUUAAAUACAUUUGCAGGUUCAACUGCAUUUUCACAAAUUAUUAUAUUAAUUCAUCGUGCAUCACCUCGAGCUCAUAGAGCUUUAAUUAAUGGUUAUACUUUAAGUAUAACUGCGUUAGCAAGAUGUGUGGCACCCUUAGUAUGGGGUUAUUUGAUAUCGAAAUUCGAUUCAAUGGGAUAUAGUGGGAUGUCAUGGUGGUUAUUGGCGAUUAUCUCGUUAUUAGGAUUACUUCAUUCUUUUGUAUUACAAGAAUAUGAAGAAUAA